UAGCUCCUCACCUACUUCCUGUUUUACCUCAGUUACUUUUUGAAGUUCAGAUCCAGGCUUUAGAUCUGAGAAUGAGCCAACACUGGGAUCAUCGCGUUGUCACAAAUUAACUUUCUUCUUUGAAAUGGCGUUUGUUAGAGGAAUUCGCGAGGAGCCUGAAAUUAUUAGUACGAGCUAGACCGUGCUUGUUUUCUACGAAAAAAAAGCUCCUUGUAGCAGGGAGCCGAUCCAGCAUCACCAUGCCCGAGACGUCGAAGAUGAAGAAGCCCGACGUCAAGGUGGUUCUCCUGGGAGACAUGAACGUGGGGAAGACGUCGCUGCUCCACAGGUACACGGAGAGGAAGUUCAAAGACACCAUCAGCACCGUCGGAGGGGCGUUUUUCCUCAAGCAGUGGGGACCUUAUAACAUCUCAAUAUGGGACACUGCUGGUCGUGAACAGUUCCACGGGCUGGGCUCCAUGUACUGUCGAGGCGCAGCUGCUAUCAUCCUCACUUAUGAUGUCACCAACUGGCAAAGCUUAGCUGAGCUGGAGGAGCGCUUCCUGUCUCUGACUGACACUGCUAACCAUGACUGCAUUUACGCUGUGGUGGGCAACAAGGCUGAUCUCACAGACCCUACAGCUCAGCAGUCCCAGGACACAGAUGGAAUGUCUGAGGACCAAACUGAGUGUGAGGACAGGACAGAACCAGAGGUGCUGUCUACCUCCCUGACCUCUUCGGCCUCCCCCAAACAGGUGACCCAUGAAGAUGCGAUGGCUCUAUAUGGGAGAAUAUUGCGCUACAAGGGCCUGGAGGAAAAGAGCAGCCUGCCUGCAGAGAAGAUGUGCUUUGAGACAAGUGCCAAGACAGGCUAUAAUGUGGACACUUUGUUUGAGACCUUGUUUGAUCUGGUGCUGCCUUCCAUCCUGAGGAAGAGAAAUGAGUACCAGGAGUCUCCUACAGUUGACCUGGAGGAGUGCAGGGGGGGCAGCAGCAAGCGGGCCAGAUCUUCCUGCUGUUAGGAUCUGCCAAAAAGAGGUGGAGAGGCUGCCAUAAGCAGAGACUUGCUUUUAACAAAGGACAAUCAAGAGGUCGUUCUGUGCACCAAAUAUAUACUGUGAUGGUACAACUUACCUGCCUUUACUGAGACCCAAUAGCAUUAAUGACCUCCCGGUAACACACACACAUACAUAUACACUAUUGAUUAUGUGAAAAUGGUCAGAAAAAGUAACUAGAGUUCGUAGUGUCCAGAGACAUUUCCUAUGUAAGGAAAGGAAACAAAUGUAUUAUCACUUUAACCUCUCACCUGAACGACUGAAACUGCACUUAUAUCCCAAAGAUGUGUCUGUGGGCAAAUAAUGCACAUAAGAAGUCAAUCACUGCUAUUUUUAAAUGUCAGUUUAACAGCACUAAUUGUUAGUUGGGUGGCACAUUUCACUUUUUAUUAUGGUUGGUAUUUUAAUGUUUUCAUAAAUCACACUUCUUUAAUUUACUUUAAUGUUCUGGCUAAUUGCAUCGAUACUGAUCUUUAGAUUUCAUCACCACUUUUGGAACUUUUUCAAUGAAAGAAAAUCGUAAAUACUCCUGUUGAAUUUUUUAUGUACGCUGUCACAAUAAAGAUUUUUAUUUUGCA